GGCUUGCUGAUUGGGGAUGUAUUAUGGCUUUUGUUUGGAUCGAAACAUACAGAAAUUUCAGCUACUCAGAGGAGACACAUUGCAACUCCUGCUGAAGUCCCUAACCUUCUUCCCUUCUCUUCUGCCCCUUCCCCCUACCCUCACUUGGCUUGAAGAAAGUGUCCCUGAGGUUGGCCUCAUCCCUGGUGCUAUGUGCAAAGUGAAGUUGCCACUAUGGCCAUUACCAGGACUGGCUGCAAAGCUGCUGUAGGCUCUGGAUGCCACAAGGAAAGUACAGAGCAGUCCUAUUUAAAGGGGAAUUACACUGCAGGAAACGCACAAGGAGGGCAGCACCUGGAGUAAGUGGAUCAAGACUUCUCUGGUGUCAUUCCCCACUCGACCCAUGACAAUGACAGCAGCUGUUCCUCCGAGAGGCUGGAGCAUGAAGUGAAGACUCUAUUGCAGCCCUCAAGAUGAACUCCACCUUGGAGGGUAAUCAGACCAACCAUCCUUUUUGCCUUCUUGCAAUUAACUAUUUGGAGACUAUCAAUUUUUGCCUCUUGGAAGUAAUGAUAAUUAUUUUUUUAACUGUGCUGAUCAUUUCUGGCAACAUCAUUGUGAUUUUCGUUUUUCAUUGUGCACCUUUACUAAACCAUCACACUACAAGCUAUUUUAUCCAGACUAUGGCAUAUGCUGACCUCUUGGUGGGAGUGAGCUGCCUGGUCCCUUCCUUAUCAUUACUCCAUUAUCCCCUUCCAUUGGAGGAAUCCUUGACCUGCCAAGUCUUUGGCUAUGUGGUGUCAGUGCUAAAGAGUGUCUCUAUGACUUCUCUGGCCUGUAUCAGUAUUGACAGGUACAUAGCAAUCACCAAACCCUUGACCUAUAAUACAUUAGUCACACCCUGGAGACUCCGAAUUUGUAUUUUGGUGAUUUGGCUUUAUUCUACCCUGGUUUUCCUGCCUUCUUUCUUCCACUGGGGUAAACCUGGGUAUCAUGGAGAUGUAUAUCAGUGGUGUGCUGAAUCAUGGUCCACUGACCCUUACUUCACCCUCUUCAUUGUGAUGAUGCUCUAUGCCCCUGCAGCUUUCAUUGUGUGCUUUACCUACUUCAACAUUUUCCGCAUCUGCCAGCAGCAUACCAAAGAAAUUAGUGAAAGGCGAGCACGUUUCAGUAGCCAGAGUGGAGAAGCUGGGGAGGUACAGCCCUGCCCAGAUAAGCGCUAUGCCAUGGUCCUGUUCCGCAUCACCAGUGUCUUCUAUAUCCUCUGGCUGCCGUACAUCAUUUACUUCUUGUUAGAGAGUUCUGCUGGUUUCAGCAACCGCACUGCAUCCUUCUUGACGACCUGGCUUGCCAUUAGUAACAGCUUCUGCAACUGUGUCAUUUACAGUCUCUCAAAUAGCGUUUUUCAGAAGGGGCUGAAGAGACUCUCAGGGGCUGUAUGUACCUUCUGUGUAAAGCCAACAACAGCCAAGGACCCUUGUCCUUCUAAGAGCAAAGGACCCCCUAAUGGAUGCCAUGUCUGAAAUAGCUCUCAGCAUGUCUGUGUUACUGGGUGUUUUUCUUUCCAAGUAUUUCUUAGUCAGUUAGGAAAUUUGGAACAAAAAUCACAUCAACUUAACUUCUGUGUUUAAAACGAGAUUUUUUUGAGUAGUGUUUUUGGGCCAUAAGAAUUAAAACAAUGAAUGUAAAUUGUUGGAUCCAAUUUUUGAAAUGUCAAGGAAGUUAUUCUGGUUUUCAAACAAAUCAUGCCAUGUCAAGUACUUCUCUGUGGCUGGCAUGACUGCAUCUGGAUACAGGGUAGCUUCAUCAUCGAGGAAGAGUCUUCAUUUUGUACAGCUUUACUGUGUUCUUUCCAGCUAUUUAUGUAACUUGUGUAAAUGGUUUCUAUGGACAAAGAAUGUCCGACUGUGGCAGUGAAUUCUAGGAAUCCUUAUGUUUGCCAAAGCAUAACUUCACUGCACAUUUCAACACUGUCAAUUGGGCCAAGGUAGGGAGAGUGGCAGAUUUUUAUGUCUCUCCUCCCUGGAGAGACAGCUCUCCAUAGACUGAAUAAUGUGAACUCUUGAAUAUUAACUUUAUAAAUUUGCAAUGAGCCAUGCAAUAAUCAUACAAUCAAGUCAUGAGGUUGAUAGGAAUCUGAUCUAGCCUCAGCACUGUGCCCUGCUUCACAGCUCUCUAAAGAAACGUUGUGCAGGGGUGUGAUUUAAUUUACAGGAUUUGACACGUGUGUGUGUGUGUGUGUGUGUGUGUGUGUGUGUGUGGUGAAUGUUUGAAUUCAGCCAAAUAUAUCUAUUAAAAUAAAAUGUAUUUUAAUAAGCUAAGAAACAGUUAUCUUUAAUGACAUAAUUGUGGCUGCAGUUUGGAUCAUGUUGUUAAGUAACGAAUGUGUUGUUAAAUCUUAUCAGAAAUGAUACUUGUCUUGCUCAUUUUAUCCAAAGACUUCUGAGACCUUAUCUAUUGGAACAUCAGGGAAAAGAACAGAGACUGAGGGAAAGAAAAUACUGUGUCUUAGGCUAGAGAGUUAAAAAGAACUGAAAGAAUCUAUUUGAGGCUUAUUUUUGGUCAUGAUUAAACAGAAUCAGUGAAUACAGCAGCAGCUAAUUCUUUUUUGGAAAUGCUUCUGUUGCUAGUUAAAUAAUAACCUAAAUGUUCAUUUUGGGAAAAUGAUGUUAAGGAAUUCUCAUUUGAAAAAAAAAAAAAGGAGAGUUAC